AACCCUAAACCAGAACCCUCCGAGAGGGUAAGUCUGAGGAUGGAGUUUGAGAAGAGGAAAGCGGCGACACUGGCGUCGAUGGGCUCAACGGAGCCCGACAAGUCGCCGAAAGGCACAAUAGACCGCCACAUAGUGCCGCUCCUCAACGCCAUCAACCGCCACCCUUCAUACUUCACCACCAGCUCCUGCUCCGGCCGCAUCUCCAUCCUUUCUCAACCCUCGCCCGCAGCCACCAACGCCCACAAAAAGGCCAGAGGCGGCUCCUGGCUCUUCAUCACCCACGAAUUGGCCGAUCCCAACUCGGUCCUUGCCCUCCUAUUCCCCACAACUGGCUGCUCAUCUCAGCACGAUGAUCUGGUCUUCAGAUUCGAGCCGUUCAUCGUCGCCGUGGAAUGCAAGGACGUGGCAGCGGCGCAGCUGCUUGUCUCCACUGCGGUUUCAUGUGGGUUUAGGGAGUCGGGAAUUACGAGUGUGAGCAAGCGGGUGAUGGUGGCGGUUCGGUGUUCGAUACGGCUGGAGGUGCCGUUGGGCGGUGGGGGUAGGGUCUUGGUGUCGCCUGAGUAUGUCCGGUACCUCGUCGGGAUUGCGAACGAGAAGAUGGAGACGAAUCGGCGGAGAACUGAGGGGUUCCUUCAGGCAUUGCAGAGCAAAGGUUUCGUGGAAUCUUUUAAUGGAGGGGCUGGUCUGGGUGGAGCAAUGGGUGGUGAUGAGCAUGGUUGCAGUGAUGGGGAUGCUAACUCCGAAAGAAUAAAUGCAGAGAAGGAGUCGGGGUCAGUAGGCGUUCUUGGUUGUUCUUUAUCUAUUGUCCAGAUGGAGAUUAUCGAUGAACCUGUUGAGAAGCUUUUCCUUUGGGGUCACUCAGCUUGUACAUUGGAUACCACAAGCCAGAAAAAGGUCAUAGUAUUUGGAGGUUUUGGAGGCAUGGGAAGACAUGCACGAAGAAAUGAUGCUUUUGUGCUUGACCCAUUACAUGGCACGUUAAAGGCAGUUAAUGCCAAGGGGACUCCAUCUCCACGCUUGGGUCACACAUCUUCAAUGUUAGGGGACUUAAUGUUUAUUAUUGGAGGCAGGGCUGAUCCUGAGAACAUUCUUGACAAUGUAUGGGUCCUUGAUACAGCUAAAAAUGAAUGGAAACAGUUAGAAUGUACUGGCUGUGUUUUUCCUCCCAGGCAUCGGCAUGCAGCAGCAGUUCUAGGUUCAAAGAUAUAUGUAUUUGGUGGACUUAACAAUGAUGCAAUCUCUUCAUCCUUGCAUGUCCUUGACACGGACAAUUUGCAGUGGAAUGAGAUACGUGUCCAUGGGGAAUGGCCUUGUGCUCGCCAUUCUCACUCAUUGGUUGCCUAUGGGUCUAAAUUAUUUAUGUUUGGAGGGUGCAAUGAUGGCAAAGCUCUUGGGGAUCUGUACAGUUUUGAUGUUCAAACAUGUCUAUGGAAAAAGGAAGUGGCAUCAGGAAGAACUCCAUAUGCAAGGUUCUCCCACUCAAUGUUUAUCUACAAAAAUUAUCUCGGCAUUAUUGGGGGUUGUCCUGUCAGACAACAUUGUCAAGAGCUGGCAUUACUUGAUCUGCAGCGCCACGUGUGGAGGAAUGUGAUACUUGACUCUGUUUUCAAGGUUUUGUUUGUUCGGAGUACAGCCAGUGUUGUUGGUGAUGAUCUAAUUAUGAUUGGUGGCGGAGCAUCUUGUUAUGCAUUUGGAACAAAAUUUAGCGGGCCAAUGAAAAUUAACUUGCUUCAGUUGGUUUCUCUACAUGAUACUCUUGUGCCUUCUGAAAUGGAAGAAAAACAUGCUAUUCACCAAUAUGAAGGGGUGAAGGAAAAAAAGAAUGGUGAUCUUCAUGGUGCACAAAAUGGAAUUGCACAAACCUUAACUGAAAGUCCUGACAUGGAUUUUGAACCUGGAAUAUCUAUAGCUGAUGUUGAAAAGCAGAUGGUUGCUGUAUAUUGGGUUCUACAACUUGAAAGAAAGUAUGCAAAGCUAGGAAAGGACAUAUUGAAGAAGUUUGGCUGGUUAGAUCUUGGGAGGAAAGUUCAUUCUCGGGAAGAUAGAAGGCAUAUUUGUUUCCCUGUAACUGAAAAAUUCUGUACCAUUUUCAAUGAAAUGGACCAUGACUCAGGAGAGGCAUUUGAAGUGCCAAAUGAGCUACACUUAUAUAAACCAUCUACAGGGGAAGGGGUUUUAUUGAAUGAUAUCUCUUUUGUAACAGCCUUGCGUCUUCUUAAGGAAUGUGGUGCUACUAAGCUUGCAGAUGAGGUUGUUGAAGUAAGAAGAACUCCCAGCUCUCCCUUGAAAAUAAUGAGUGAAGCUGUAGCUUCUUUGAUAAAGCACAGAGGCCUAUCUUCACAACUUUUAGAGCAGCUGCCCACAAGAUGGGAACGUCUUGGGGAUAUUGUUGUGCUUCCAGUGACAUCAUUCAAGGAUCCAAUAUGGGACUCAAUUGGGGAUGAACUUUGGCCUAUCAUUGCUAAAUCACUCAAUACUUGUCGCCUUGCUCGCCAGGGUCGAGUUGCACCAUCUGGGACAAGGGACAGUACUUUGGAGAUUCUUGUGGGAGAUAAUGGUUGGGUUGAUCAUUGUGAAAAUGGAAUUCUCUAUUCUUUUGAUGCUACCAAGUGCAUGUUCUCCUGGGGCAAUCUUUCUGAGAAGCUUCGAAUGGGACGUCUGAAUUGUAGAGAUGAGGUUAUUGUGGACUUGUUUGCUGGAAUUGGGUACUUUGUGUUGCCUUUCCUCGUCAGUGCCAAGGCAAAACUGGUCUAUGCUUGUGAGUGGAAUCCCCAUGCUGUUGAGGCGCUACAACAUAAUCUUCUUGCCAAUUCUGUGGCUGAUCGAUGUAUUAUUCUUGAAGGAGAUAACCGACUUACAGCACCUAAAGGGGUUGCUGAUCGAGUUUGUCUUGGUCUUCUUCCAUCAAGUGAGGGUAGCUGGGCCACUGCUGUAAGGGCAUUAAGGACUGAAGGUGGGAUGUUACAUGUGCAUGGAAAUGUGAAAGACUCAGAGGAGGGUUCUUGGAGUGAACACGUUUCAAAAUCAAUAUGCGACCUUGCCAGAUCUGAAGGUUAUGAUUGGGAAGUUUCGGUGGAACAUGUGGAAAGAGUCAAGUGGUAUGCUCCCCAUAUCCGCCAUCUUGUUGCAGACGUGAGAUGCAGACAGAUCCAGAGAUAGUCAGAAGUACAUUCAGUUGAAGGGAACAAACCCAGCUGGUCCAUGAGAAAUGCAAGGUUGUGGGACUAUCUUGAUCAAUGGCAAAUUGGAAUGUUUCCCACAGAUCCUCGGGCCCAUAUUGAAAUUGCCCAGUCCCUAAACACAGUGAGGAGAGAGGAAAACUGAGAACUAUGAGUGACUAUUAUGUCAAAUGAGAAUGUUAAAACCAUUUUGCUAAAGAGGUUUUGUAUUGAAUGCUUGGGACUUCCUUUCCCAAAACCGUUUCUCCUGUGUGUAUUGCUUCCACUGGACUGAAAUCAUACCCAUGGAGCAUGCCUCAUUAUGAGACUUAUCUCUUUACUGCAAACUUCAAAUACAAGAAACCCCAACUUUUUGGAUGAAA